AUGAGCCAGGGACAGCCGAGGAGGCCCGAGGGCGAUGCGGCCCUGCAGCAGCAAGACCGGCCAAUCAAGUACGGCGACGUGUUCGACGUCUCCGGCGACCUGGCGGCGCAGCCCGUGGCGCCCCGGGACGCCGCGCUGCUGCAGUCCGCCGAGGACACCGUGCAGGGCCUGGGACAGACCCAGAAGGGCGGUCCCGCGGCGGUCAUGCAGUCCGCUGCCGCCCUCAACGCGCGCGCCGGCCACGUGGGCCGCGCCCAGCUCUCCGGCCCCGUCGCCGACGCGGGGGUCGCCGUCACGGAGACCGAGUUCCCGAGCCACCGCGUCGUCACCGAGUCCGUCGCGGGCCAGGUCGUGGGACGGUUCGUCGCGCCGCCGCCCGUGGCGGCCAAGGAGCCGUCGGGCGCGCUGGAGCAGGACGCCGUGACCAUCGGCCGAGCGCUGGAGGCCGCGGCGGCGGCCGGCGCGGGCGGAAAGGUGGUGGACCAGAGCGACGCGGCGGCCGUCCAGGCCGCCGAGAUGCGCGCCACGGGGAAGAACCUCACCGUCCCGGGCGGCGUCGCAGCGGCGGCGCAGGCGGCCGCGGACCAGAACGAGCGUAUCAUGCGCGAGGAGGACAAGGUCAAGCUCCGGGACGUCCUCUCGGAUGCGAGGAGCAAGCUGCCGGCGGACAAGGGAGCGACAAGGGAGGACGCCGAGAGGGUCGUGUCGGCGGAGAUAAGGAACAAGCUGAACAUGGCGACAACCCCAGGCGGCGUGGCGGACGCGGUGACCACGGCGGCGCGGCUCAACCAGGAGCGCCCGUAG